UGAAACACGUGUCGAAUUCAAAAAAAAAUUGCCCCCUCUGAAAAAGGAAAAAAGAAACCCCCAAAUUAAAUUCCCCCUGAUUUUUCAAUUUUCAUCUCAACUCAAGCGUUGCAAAAUCCGGAAUUUCAAUGGCGUCUCGUCGCCGUGUGCUCCUCAAAGUCAUCAUUCUCGGCGACAGCGGGGUCGGUAAGACGUCUUUGAUGAAUCAAUAUGUGAAUAGGAAAUUCAGCAAUCAGUAUAAAGCAACAAUUGGGGCUGAUUUCUUGACCAAAGAGGUCCAAUUUGAGGACAGGAUUUUCACCUUGCAGAUAUGGGAUACUGCUGGGCAAGAGAGGUUUCAAAGCCUCGGUGUGGCUUUCUACCGAGGUGCAGAUUGUUGCGUACUCGUUUACGAUGUGAACGUUGCCAAGUCAUUCGACAACCUCAACAACUGGCGAGAGGAGUUUCUUAUUCAGGCUAGCCCUCCCGACCCUGAAAACUUCCCGUUUGUUGUCUUGGGGAAUAAGAUUGAUGUCGAUGGAGGCAAUAGCAGAGUGGUAUCUGAGAAGAAAGCAAAAGCAUGGUGCGCCUCAAAAGGGAAUAUUCCUUACUUCGAAACUUCCGCAAAAGAAGGGUUCAACGUGGAGGCUGCGUUUGAAUGCAUAGCUAAAAAUGCUCUGAAAAACGAACCCGAGGAAGAAUUAUAUCUUCCUGACGCGAUUGAUAUGGCGGGAGGGCAGCAACAAAGAUCCGCAGGCUGUGAGUGUUAGUUUCUGUCAAGGUUACUACACAUGCGUGUUUUCGUCUAUUCGUCUUUGUCCAAAGUUAAACACGAGCUACAAAUCUUCGUCACUAUCAAAAUCUUUGUAGAGAAAAUGAAUUAUCUCCCUCUCAAUUUGCUUUUCCUGUUGAAAAAGUUCAUUAUUCUCGAGCAACGUCACAUUUUCGAUGUUUCGAAAAAUAACUAUUAUAAAAAAAUGUACUUCUAAUAUUUGAUUAUUUAGAUUAAAAAGAAUGUACCUUUUAUAUUU